AUGAGGCAUCACCACCAGCACCCAAACAGGCGGGCGCCCCAGCGCCAGCCUGUUGCUGCGAUCCCCAAUACUUAUGAGCAGCGCUCGACACAGACCCUGGAGGCUCGUGAUUUCAUCCUCCCACGGGCUACUCCAACAGAAAGCAGCAGCUGUGCCCCCGAUGACACCUCUCCACGUUGCGAGAAACCUAUCACCAACUCCACCAUGACAUUGCCAAUUGUCUUGGGUAUAGCUAUUCCAGUAGUUGGUGCUUUGGUUAUCUUGAUCGUAUUGCAUCAACGGCAUUUGCGCAAACUCAAGGCCGAGGACAGGAUGGACAAGACUAAGAGUAUGGACUUUGGCAUGGAAUACCCUUCUACUGGAGGGAAGAAAAGCAGAGGGCUUGGGGGCGCUGGUAACCCUUCAGGACGGCAUAAGAAUCAAUUGUCGCUAGACAUGGACGUCGCUGCUCCUUAUUUACUGCCACCGGAACUGCAAGGCUCCCGCGAGAGUCUUCAUUCGAUGUCCAAAAUCUAUGUUGUUGACGACGAUAAAUACAAGCCCUCGAACUCUAUGAAUCGGCUUCCAUAUGGAAACGGUUCCAAUGCACCAUCGCUCGCUGGACAACGUAACAACCGUGACUCUUCUUUGUAUACGGCUUCUAUUCGACAACAUGAAGAUAGCACAGAAAGUCUUACAGCAGAUCUUCUCGGACACUCCAGCAAAAUGGCUACCUCCGCGCCCCCUCCUGCGAGGGGCGCUUCUCUUCCCUCGAACCAAAAGGCAGUCCCAGAGCUGCAGGUACCUGAACAAGCUUUCGAUGCCUCCCGCAGCCACAGCAACCAGACUUCCCGCGGCCCAGGUCUGUUCCCUUCGGAAACUGAGGGACGAGAUUCUUAUAUCGACAAAGAUGGCGGUGAUUUGCGAAGAAGCCACAUGCAUCUUCUUCCACAUCUUGACUUUGACACCCCUAGCGAGCUAGACAGUUCGAAGCCAUCGGAGAAAGCCGCAGAGUUGUCCACCCAACCAGCUGCACAGGAGUUACAAGCACAGUCCGUUACACAAAAACCACCACAGUUGAAACUUGACGAAAAGGCGUCGACUCCUUUCGAAGGAUUAAAUUUUGGAACUGAAACUGAUAAAGAUGCAUCGCUUCCUCAAGUGGUUGAGCCGGAACCCCAACAGGCACAGGCACCCCCACAAGCCCGUAUGAGCACGAUGGGUGGCCUUGAAGUCAACUAUGGUAACAGGCUUGAGCCCCGCAGACUAUCCUACGGAUUUCGGCCAUUGCCACCUGCGGCCGAAUCAGGUGAAGAUGCGGAGGAGCGUGCCAUGCGCAUUCGUUCGUUUUACAAAGAAUAUUUCGAUGACGGAAAUCCAGGUGGUCUUGAUUACUACGCUCAGGCCCAGGAACCAGUCCCACCAUUGCCCACUCAUAUUAACAAUGGGGAUGGUUACAACAACCACCCAGUCGAACGAAGCACCGAUUACAACCAAGGGUAUUAUGAACAAGACUAUUCGAACGGAUACAACCAGGAAUACGGGGAUUACUACCAGGACAACAACAACAGCAACAACAAUGCUGGCGGGUACGAAGACCAGUAUUAUGAUGAUACAUAUGCCAAUCCCCAGCGACCAUUCGCAGAACCACCCACUCGAAGAGCGAUGACACCUCCACCACGUGCACCACCUCGUUUCCAACAGGGGCCGGGCCCACGUCCAGGGUCAUCCGCAAGCAACCGAGGUCCACCGCCACCAAGGUCGUACUCCUCGCAAAGUAAUCGUUAUAACGGACCGCCCUCGCGUGGUAUCCGCGCCCCUUCGAGUCUCCGUAAAAACGCCCUUCCCGAAGAACCUUUGUUAAUUCUCCCAACACCGCAUCUUCUGAGAGAUGACGCAUUUGCCUCUCCAAUUGCAUUCGCCCCUGCUCCUCGCUCAAAGGAAUUCAGAAAUGGAACCGAAUCUGAAGUCGGUAGCGGUAAGGGAGGUGUGAAACCCUAUUCGCCUGGUAUCAGGGCCCACACUCCUCUUGCAUCCGCCUUCGAUGAAUUGAGCGUUUUGCCUACCCCUCAUCAAUUGCGCAAAUCCGGAGCAUUUACGGGGCUCGACUUUGCACCCCCGCGAAAGUUCAAGAAUGAGGGUGGUGAUAACUUUAGCGACACUGGUAGCAUCCGAAGCAAUCGCACAGGAUUGUCCGCUGCACAUCAUAGCAGAACGGGAGCGUAUCGUGUCAGCCGUCUCCCACAGGACGUUGUACCAACGACUGAGAACAUGACGAACAGCUUAAAACCAUCUUGGGACAUGCGUAACCUUUAG